AUGCCGCCGCUCUUUACCAAUCAACAAUGCAAUGAGGCUCGACAUUUGCUCCGCGCAAUCUUGCGUGAAUCAACCUACCUUCCCGACCAACAAGCUCGCUUGUACAUAGCCACCCACGCCCUUGCUCGCUUUCGAGACUACACGCCUGGACACAAACCUGACAAUGUCUUGACUCAACGGAGACGCUUGCAGCUCGACAAUGCUCGAAAGGCUUUGUCUGAACUGCGAAGGGCGAAUCAAGGAGAGCUGAAACCAUUGCUCAAAGUCCUUCAUCUGACCUAUGCCCGCAUCGGCAAAAGACGACACGAGAUACUGCGUGACUUUCAAUACAAACCGCCUUCACAUGUCGAUAUCAAGCCCGACACACCCCCGAAGCUAUCUCCCCAGCAUAUUGCUCUUCUGGACUCACAGAGAAUUGCUUCCCCGCCCACUGUUGUCCGUCCCCUUCUCCGAUCGUGGUCUUUGAAGAUGCCAAAGACGAACAGCUGGGAAAGACCCCUGCCCAAGAAACGCGCUGCCAAAAUCGUCCGGGACUGGUAUGCCGAUGUUCUGGAACGAACUGUUGUGCCUCUUCCCAUUGCCGAGUGGGAGCGUUUGCGUGAUCUAGCUCUUGGCAAAAUCGAAUUUCAAGGCCCUACACCCCGUCGUCCUAUGCCUGCUUCAAAAGGCAGCUUUGCUUCUCCGCUCGAAACAGCCCUUGGCCUCGUUCCACUCAAUUCGCCUGAUCUUGUUUUGAGUAACGCAGGCAACUCCAUCCAUGCCCGUAAGCUCACUGCGCGCUCAAUGAGGAGAUGUUGGGCCACAGUUUUUGCACAAUGCCCUGUAAUGUCAUGGGACGCCAAGUCUCAGAAGUGGUCAAUCCAAUGGGGUGGUGAUAUUUUAAAUCAAGCGAAGAUUGCAAAUUCUACCGAAGCCGCUCUGGACAAGACUUGA